AUGACCCAAGAAAGCACUGUAACAGAGACAACUAGCGAACCUAAGCACAUUGAGCAGUAUCAGAUUCCAGAGGCAAAGGAAGACACAGAUAAAUUCCUGAAGGAUGAGAUCGACAAAUACCAUGAUGUCAAACCUGAGGUUGCGGUUUCUGUAGCCCAGAAAUCUCCUUCUAAGGAACAUGAAGCGGAAAAGGGGUCUCCCAAGAAAGCAAAGAAAGAAGUUAAAAAAGGAAUACUUGGUUUGUUCUCCAAAAAAGACUCAGACUCAGAUAAAGAACAAGACAAGGAACUCCAAAAAGUGUUGGACGACACAAACUCCUUUUUGCAACAAGAAGUCGACAAGUAUCAUGAUGUAAAACCACAUCUAAGUGAGGUACAAUUAGAAAAAGAAGUUUAUAAGGAAACAAUUGUUAUCAAAGAAGAAAUUCCUUUAGAUGAAGAAAAAGUUGAAGAUGUGGCUAAAGUUAAAGCCAGUACGGAUACUUUCUUGAAGGAUGAAAUAGACAAAUAUCACGACAUUAGACCAACUGUUACUGAGGUUUCUGUGGACGAAGAGAUAUCCAAAGGUGUGUCAUUGGUCCAAGAAAGUGUAAAAGAAGAAACAUUGGAAAAGUCGCCUAAGAAAUCCAAGAAGGAUAGUGAGAAAGGUGGGUUCUUGGGAUUAUUCAAGAAGAGUAAGGAUGAACCUAAGGAACUGCAACAGGAUCCGGAAUUUGUCAAGGUUAAAAUAGACACUUUCGAUUUCCUGAAGGGCGAGGUUGAUAGGUACCAUGAUGUAAGACCAAUUAUCAAGGAAAAGGUCACAGAAAUUACCGAACCCGUUCUGAAAGAGACAACUGUAAUCCAAGAAAAAAUGUCUCCCAAAAAAGCUAUGAAGGAAGAAGAAAAGCCGGGAAUAUUUAGAAUAUUCCACAAGAAGGGAUCUGAAGAAAAGGAGUUGAAGAGAAGAUCCUUGGAAAGAGAUGCUGAACAUAAGGAAAACGUAAGACUCAGAGAAGACACCGACACAUUUUUGGGAGAUGAAAUUGCAAAUUACCACGACGUUCGACCUAUAAUCAAGGAGAAACCUACAGCAAUUGAUGAAAAAGUUUCAGAGACAAUUGUGACUGAUACACAAAGUGAAAAGCAGUCACCCAAAAAGGCCAAGAGAGAUGAAGAAAAAACUGGAAUUUUGGGGAUUUUCAAGAAGAAAGGUUCGGAAGAAAAAGAACUGAAACGGCGUUCUAUGGAAAGAGAGCUUCAACAAAAGAUUGAGCAUGAAGAUAACGUAAAGAUCAAAGAGAACACCAACAAGUUCUUAGAGGAUGAAAUUCAAAAGUAUCAUGAUGUCAGACCAAUAAUCAAGGAUGUAGUCAUCGAACAGGCUCAACAAGUAGAAGAGGCCACAUCAGUUCAAGAACCGAAACAAAGUCCUAAGAAAGUUAAGGAAGAGGAGAAAGGUGGAAUUCUAGGAUUCUUCAAAAAGAAAGGAUCGGAAGAGAAAGAGUUGAAACGCCGAUCGAUGGAAAAAGAGCUCCAGCAGAAAGUUGAGCAUGAAGAUAAUCUGAAGAUCAGAGAGGGCACCAACAAAUUUUUGGAAGCUGAAGUUGAAAAGUAUCACGAUGUCAGACCAACCAUCAAAGAAACUCCUAUAGAGACACCUCUUAAAGCAAAGGAAGUGUCUGAGACAGCUGAAGAGAAACACUCACCAAAGAAGAGCGCUAAAGAAGAAGAGAAGGGUGGAAUAUUGCGAAUCUUCAAGAAGAAAGGAUCCGAAGAGAAAGACGUGAAACGGAGAUCGUUAGAUAGAGAGCUCAAAGCUAAAGCAGAAGCUGAAGAAAAUUUGAUGAUUCGACAAGACACUAAUGCAUUCUUAGAAACCGAGGUCGAGAAAUUCCAUGACGUUAGACCUACGAUUAAAGAAAUAUCAGAAGAAACUGUUACUCAGAACGAGGUUACAGAAGAGAAACUUUCACCUAAAAAAGCUAAAAAAGAUGAAGAAAAAACUGGAAUAUUGAGCUUCUUCAAGAAGAAGGGAUCUGAAGAGAAAGAGCUAAAGCGACAAUCAUUAGAAAGAGAUGUUACACUUGAGCAUGUAGAAAAUGUCAGAAUUAGACAGGAUACAGAUAAAUUCUUAGAGGAUGAGGUGAAGCAUUUCCAUGAUGUUAGACCAGUCGUAACUCACGUCCAAGAGGUGGUAACCGAAGAAAAAGUGUCUCCGAAGAAAGCAAAGAAAGCAGAAAAAUCAUUACUCCCAGGUAUCUUCAGAAAAUCGGCAGAUCGAGAGUUAAAGGAUGAACCUACUGACGAUUCCGAAGAAGCGAUCAAAGCCAUACUGGAAACCGAAUCAUUCUUACAGCAAGAGGUGGACAAGCAUGAAGAUGUGAAACCUAUCUACAAGGAGUCAGCAGCAGCUGAGCAAAAAACCUACCAAGCAAAGGAAGAACCUGUCAUUUUCAAGGAAACAAUCGUGAUCAGAGAAGAAACGUCGUCAGGCACAAAAACAAAAACCAAAGUUAGCAAAUUAGAGUCGGAAGUUACUGAGAACGCGACGAAGAUCAAAGUAGAAACCGACAAGGUUGUGAAGGGUGACGGCGAAGAGCCGAUCCUUUGGGAAGAGAAAGUGUCUAAGGAAGAAAAAGGUGGAGUUCUCAGUUUCUUCAAAAAGAAGGAUCACGAUUCAAAAGAGAAACGCCCAGCGCAUGUCGAAAUUCGGGAUAACACAGACAACUUUUUGCAAGAUGAAAUUACCAACUACCAUGACGUAAGACCAGUCGUAUCACCUCCUGUUGCCCAAAGUGUUGCUGUUCAAGAAGCAAGUGAGAUACCUACAGAAAAGAAAGAAAAGGACAAAGGUGGAUUUUUAGGUAUGUUUAAAAAGAAGGGCCACGAAGAUAAGAAAGAAACUGAACAGCAGAUUAAAACAAGGAGCGAUACUGAUACGUUCUUGAAUGAAGAAGUUGAUAGGUAUCAUGACGUCAGACCAAUUGUCACUGAAAAGGUUACCGAAGAAGUUAUCAAGAAAGGUGAAGCCAAACCAGUAAUUUUGAAAGAAACAAUUGUGGAACAGAUUUCUUCUGAGGUUACAAAGAAGGAAGUCAAGGAAGAUACAGCUUCUCCAAAACCGAAGAAAAAAGACGGAAAAGGUAUUCUAGGACUAUUUGGAAUAAAAGGUCAAGAAGGCGCUGAACAAAAGGAUACAGCAGUAGAAGUAGAAGAAUUGGCCAAAAUCAAACAACAAACUGACACAUUCAUAAACGAUGAAAUUGCGAGGUACCAUGAUGUUAGGCCAAUCAUCAAAGAAGUUGUAGUUGAAUCCGUAGACAAACCUGUCCUCAAAGAGACCGCAGUGUUGAAAGAAGAAAGUACAUUGCCUCCAAAACCUAAAAAGAGAGAAGGAAAGGGACCUUUUGGACUAUUUGGGAAGAAAGAUUCUGAAGAUAGUGGGUCAAAGAGCAAGAAGGACGAACAGUUGGAAGAACUAGUUAAAGCUAAGCAAGAUACGGACAAUUUCUUGAAAGAUGAAAUUGAUAAGCACCACGACGUUAGGCCUAUAGGUAAAGAAGCGACAGAUAGUGAACCUAAAGAGAAGCCCAUCGUAAUCAAAGAAACCAUCGUCGUAAAGAAAACGAAAGAAGAAUCUUCUGCUGCAAAAUCCAAGAAGUCGCACGGUAAAGGGCUGCUAGGCCUUUUCGAAAAGAAAGGCUCCGAGGACAAGGAAAUAAAAGCGAAGGAGGAAUCAGAACAACUUGCGAAGGUCAGAAAAGAAACGGAUACGUUCUUAAAAGACGAAAUUGAUAAGUUCUACGAUGUUAGGCCUGUGAUCAAAGCGGAUAUAACUAAAGUUUCUGAAGAGAAGCCUGUCGUAAUUAAAGAAACUGUUGUUGUUAAAGAGUUAGUUCCUGCCAAAGAUGUUGAGCAUACAGAGAGUAAAUCUCCUCAACCAAAGAAAAGGGAAGGCAAAGGAAUUCUUGGAUGGUUUGCGAAGAAGGGAUCUGAAGAAGUUGAUGUGGACGUAACAGAACCCGAAAAACUUGCUAAGCUCAGAAAAGAUACAGAUACAUUUGUGAAAGAUGAAAUUGACAAACACCAUGAUGUUAGACCGAUAAUUAAAGAAAAGGUAGAUGCAGAAGUAGUAGACAAACCUACAGAGAAAGUUGUCAUUAUUAAAGAAACUGUUGUCGCUAAAGGGGAUGCUGUACCAAAAGGCAAAACAGAAACAGUUGACGUCGCUAAAAUUAAAGCAGAUACUGAUACAUUUUUGAAGGAUGAGAUUGAUAAAUUCCAUGAUGUAAGACCCAUAGUUCAACAAGCUGCUUUGGAAGAACAAAUCGUUGUUAAGGAAGAAACUGUAAAAGAGGGAUCACCUUCAAAGUCGAAGCAGAAGGAGGGUAAGGGCAUUAUCAGCAUGUUCUUGAAGAAGGGAUCGGAAGAAAGGGAUGUGAAACCAAAAGAGGUAGACCAUGAACUGAUCAAAGCUAAGCUUGAUACCAAGGGAUUUUUAAUAGAAGAAGUUGAUAAGUACCAUGAUGUAAGACCAGUAUUACAAAAGACCACAGAGGAAGAUAUAGGAAAGCCUCUAGUGAUAAAGGAGACGAUUCUUCUUAAGGAGGAAGUCGCUCCAACAAAAUCAAAGAAGAAAGAAAGCGUUGCAGAGACUACACCUCCUCAGCCAAAGAAAAGGGAAGGCAAAGGAAUUCUUGGAUGGUUUGGAAAGAAGGGAUCUGAAGAGGUUGAUGUGGACGUAACAGAAACCGAAAAACUUGCUAAGCUCAGAAAAGAUACAGAUACAUUUGUGAAAGAUGAAAUUGAUAAAUACCACGACGUUAGGCCGAUAAUUGAAGAAAAGGUAGUUACAGAAGUAGUAGAAAAACCUACAGAGAAAGUUGUCAUUAUCAAAGAAACUGUCGUCGUUAAAGAGGAGGCUGUACCAAAAGACAAGGCAGAAACAGUUGACGUCGCUAAAAUUAAAGCAGAUACUGAUACAUUUUUGAAGGAUGAGAUUGAUAAAUUCCAUGAUGUCAGACCCAUAGUUCAACAAGCUGCUUCGGAAGAAAAAAUCGUUGUUAAGGAAGAAACUGUAAAAGAGGGAUCACCGUCAAAGUCGAAGAAGAAGGAGGGUAAAGGCAUCAUAGGCAUGUUCUUGAAGAAAGGAUCAGAAGAAAGGGAUGUGAAGCCAAAAGAGGUAGAUCAUGAACUGAUCAAAGCUAAGCUUGAUACCAAGGGAUUUUUAAUAGAAGAAGUUGAUAAGUACCAUGAUGUAAGACCAGUAUUACAAAAGACCACAGAGGAAGAUAUAGAAAAGCCUCUAGUGAUAAAGGAUACGGUGAUUCUUAAAGAGGAAGUCGCUUCAACAAAAUCAAAGAAGAAAGAAAGCGUUGCAGAGACUACACCUCCUCAGCCAAAGAAAAGGGAAGGCAAAGGUAUUCUCGGCUGGUUUGCAAAGAAGGGGUCUGAAGAAGUUGAUGUAGGCAUAACAGAAGCUGAAAAACUUGCCAAGCUCCGAAAAGAUACAGAUACAUUUGUGAAAGAUGAAAUUGACAAAUACCACGAUGUUAGGCCGAUAAUUGAAGAAAAGGUAGUUACAGAAGUAGCAGAAAAACCUACAGAGAAAGUUGUCAUUAUCAAAGAAACUGUCGUCGUUAAAGAGGAGGCUGUAGCAAAAGACAAAGCAGAAACAGUUGACGUCGCUAAAGUUAAAGCAGAUACUGAUACAUUUUUGAAGGAUGAGAUUGAUAAAUUCCAUGAUGUCAGACUCAUAGUUCAAGAGUCUGUUUCAGAAGAGCAAAUCGUUGUUAAGGAAGAAACUGUAAAAGAGGGAUCACCUUCAAAGUCGAAGAAGAAGGAGGGUAAAGGCAUCAUCGGCAUGUUCUUGAAGAAAGGAUCAGAAGAAAGGGAUGUGAAAUCAAAAGAGGUAGAUCAUGAACUGAUCAAAGCUAAGCUUGAUACCAAUGCCUUUUUAAUAGAAGAAAUUGAUAAGUACCAUGAUGUAAGACCAGUAUUACAAAAGUCCACAGAGGAGGAUGUAGAAAAGCCUUUAGUGGUAAAGGAGACGGUUAUUCUGAAGGAGGAAGUCGCUUCACCAAAGUCAAAGAAGAAAGAAGGCAUUGCAGAGACUACACCUCCUCAGCCAAAGAAAAGGGAAGGCAAAGGUAUUCUCGGCUGGUUUGCGAAGAAGGGAUCUGAAGAAGUUGAUGUGGACGUAACAGAAACCGAAAAACUUGCCAAGCUCCGAAAAGAUACAGAUACAUUUGUGAAAGAUGAAAUUGACAAAUACCAUGACGUUAGGCCGAUAAUUGAAGAAAAUGUAGUUACAGAAGUAGUAGAAAAACCUGCAGAGAAAGUUGUCAUUAUCAAAGAAACUGUCGUCGUUAAAGAGGAGGCUGUACCAACAGACAAAGCAGAAACAGUUGACGUCGCUAAAGUUAAAGCAGAUACAGAUACAUUUUUGAAGGAUGAGAUUGAUAAAUUCCAUGAUGUCAGACCCAUAGUUCAAGAGCCUGCUUUGGAAGAACAAAUCGUUGUUAAGGAAGAAACUGUAAAAGAGGGAUCACCUUCAAAGUCGAAGAGGAAGGAGGGUAAAGGCAUCAUCGGUAUGUUCUUGAAGAAAGGAUCGGAAGAAAGGGAUGUGAAGCCAAAAGAGGUAGACCAUGAACUGAUCAAAGCUAAGCUUGAUACCGAUGCCUUUUUAGUAGAGGAAGUUGAUAAGUACCAUGAUGUAAGGCCAAUUGUGAAGGAGAUCACAGAGGGUAUAGAAAAGCCUGUAGAGAUACAGGAGACAGCUGUUUUUAGAGAGGAAGUGGCCUCACCAAAGUCAAAGAAGAAAGAAGGAAAAGGUAUUCUCCGUAUUUUCGGCAUGAAAGGUCCUGAAGACAAACAAACUGAACCAGCAAAGGAUGAACAAUCUCUUAAGAUCAGGGAAGAAACCAGCAAGUUUGUAAAAGACGAAACUGACAAGUAUCAUGACAUUAAGCCGCAAGUAGAAGAAAAGGUGCACACGGCUUUAGAAGAAUCUGUGGUAGUUGGUCAAGCAACUGUUGUGGAACCUAGUGAAGAUGCAGUAAAGAAAGAGAGCAAAGGUGGACUCUUCGGUCUUUUCAAGAAAAGGGAUUCCGAACAUAAAGAAGACACUGUAAGCGAAUGUAAAGUCACUGAGGGAGUGAUAUCAACAGUAGUGGAACAGCCAGUGGUUAUGAGGGAAACUAUAGUAGUCAAAGAUGAAACUCAAACUAUAAUAAAGGAAAAAGUAGAUGACGGCAAAGGCGGGAUUAUGCAUAUUUUCAAGAAAAAAUCCCAUAAGGAUGACCACGCGGAUCAUCAAGAACACGAGAAAGAAGUCAAAACCAGAACCGAAACUGAUGAAUUCUUGAAAACUGAAAUUGAUCAAUUCCAUGACGCUCGACCAAUUGUCAAAGAAACGAUACAGCAAGCCGCAGAGACAACUGUAGAUACAUCUACACCCAAACCCGAAAAACGAGAAGCUAAAGGAUUGAUCACAAAGAAAGACUCACAGGAAAGAGAUACUACAGAUGUUAUUGCUCUUGAAUUAAAAACUAGCGAAGAAUUUGAAAAGGCCAAAUCCCAUUCAGAUAGUUUCUUGAAAGAUGAAGUCGAAAAGUACCAUGAUGCAAAACCAGUUGUGAAGACAAUUGAAGAAAAAAUCACUGUCGAACUGGAACAACCAAUGGUUUUAGAAAAGACCAUAAUUAUAACAGAAACAGAAGAGUUCUCCGAGAAACAACAAUCAUGGCCUGAGCGGCCAUUUUUGGAACAAAGGGCAGAUACCGGGAAGUUUUUGAAAGAGGAAGUUGAUCGAUACCACGAUGUCAAACCAGUUGCUCCUGAAGCUCCAUCUAAAAAAGUAGAAGAUCAUAAAGAGAAAGGCGGGCUUUUUGGAUUUUUCAAAAAGAAGGGAUCUGAAGACCGGGACAUUAAAGUCAAACAUAUCGAUGAAGCUAAAGAAAAGGAAGUUGAGAAACGUCAAGAGCGAAAGGCUUCAGAAUCUCCAGUCAAAGAAUUGGUUAAAGUUACAGCUGAGCAACAGGAGAAGGCUUCUCCGAAAAAAGGAAAGAAAGAGGAUACCAAAGCUGGAGUUUUUAGUAUUUUCAAAAAGAAGGGAUCUGAAGAUAGGGAAAUCAAGGAGGACGAGCAGACUGCGAAAGAUAAGGCGAAAUCCGAUGAAUUUAUCCAGGGUGAGGUAGAAAAGUACCAUGACGUGAGACCAAUUUCUAAAGAGAAGACAGAUAAAGAAGAAACUGUGGUUAUUAAAGACAUACAAGUGAUAAAGGAUGCGAUUCCAAGCCAUAUCCAGAUCGAGAUUGUCGACAAAUCCGCAGACAACAAAGAAACUGAUGUGAUCAUAAAAACUGAAGCUGGAGAGCCUCACGAAGUCAAAAAGGUUCAUUCAAAGGAGACAACGGUUGAUGAUAGUAAAGUAAGUCAAAUGGAUUCGCCCAAACCUACUAAAAAGGAUGAGGUCAAGGGUGGACUGUUCGGCAUUUUCAAGAAGAAAGAUCACAAACCAACAGUAUCGAAAGAUGAAGCAGAGGAAAACGCAAAGAUAAGAGAGGAUACUGAGACAUUUUUGAAAGAUGAGAUUCACAGGUUCCACGAUGUUCGUACAGUUACAAGUGAAGGAACAUCUGAGAAACAUAUAGAGAAAGGAGUUCUUUCUGGAUUGAUAAAAAAGGGAGGCGGUACAGACAAGGAGACUGACGAUAAAAAGAAAGUUGCUUUCAAGGAGGACGUGCAAGAACCUCAAACAGGUCACAUGAAGAGGACGGAACAUCUAGUCCCUGAAGCGUCCUCUGGAAAAAGCGACGACGGUAAAGACAGGGAAAGAAACGUAACCGAUGAAGAUUUUAUGGUUUUGACACCAAGUCAAGUAGACUCUCUGAAAGAAAUCGAGAUCCACAGGGUAACAGAAGAGAUCAUACGCGUAAAGCAAGGAACAGCAAUACUGAAGACAGAAAGUAUCGCAGUAUCUAGUCCUACUGGCGAAGAACCCCAAAAGAAGACACCCGAAACAGAAGAUGUUCAAACUCCGUUGUCAGAUUCAGUCGUAAAACAAAUGAUAGAUUCUAGCGACUUCCUCCGCGGGGAAGUUUCAAAUUACGAAGAUGCAAGGCCAAUAAUCAAACCGAAAGAAGAUGUAAAGCCAGAAGAUCACUCGGCUAAGGGUACCAAAUUAUUCGGGCUAUUCUCUAAGAAGAAAUCGCAAGACGAACCAGUAGACAAAGAGAAAACGAGAUCGAAAAAGAUGAAGGAGGUAGAAGCGACAUCUGCUGCAUCCGAAAGCAAAGAUUUCUCAGAGAAAGAAGUCGACCGCUUUCACGAGAAAGAAUCAAGUAGUGGUUUCUUUGGUCUGUUUUCUAAGAAAACCAAACCACAAGAAAGGAGUGCGAAACAUGCUAGUGAUGCUUUAUCGAGAGAAACGCUGCAGACCAUGAAGGACAGUUCUGAUUUCUUGCAAAACGAGGUAGCCCUAUACCAUGACAUUAAGCCUGUACCAGAUAAGGUACUUACUGAUAUCGAAAUCUUCGAGCCAAUCCAAAUGAGUCCCAUUGAUAUUUCGGAAAAAACACUCCAUGACAUAACUGAAACUAAUAAGUUCAUCCACGAGGAAGUUGACGGUAUUCCUGAGGGGGUUUUGAAAAAGAUGGAAGCUCCAAAAGAAGAAGAACAUACUGUAGAAGGCCCCACUCGAACCAUUACAUACACUACUAAAGUUGAGGCAAUACCACAUGGUGAACGAACAACUAGAGUAUCCGACGAAGUCAUUACAGGCACCAUACAGUUAGGACCAGAAGUUCUUUCUGAUCUUACAAAACUGGAAGAAGAAAUUAACAAAAAGCUGGACGAAAUCAGAAAAGAGACAGUCACCAAGGAAGAAACCCAUUCUAAAUCUUCGCGUGAAGACAUUGCUGACACUCAAGAGCCCGCGGAAAAAGUUAGCAAAAGCCCCCAGAAACAACCCUCUCAGGAAAAGGUGUCUGAAGAACCUAUGUUCACAAAAUCUGGAAGUCCCUUCAAAAUAUUUGGAAGAAAAAUGUCAGAGGAAGAGGUAAAACGACUGCAAGAAGAAGAACAUAGUGUACCAGGCACCUACAAAGUAAAAGACGGAGAUCAACUUCACGAAAGUCCUAGGAAAAUUUCAGAAGAAUCACUGAAAAAGAUGAAGGAUGCACAUGACUUUCUUUCUACCGAACUAGAGCACUACGAGAGCGGCAAACCUGAAGUCAUCACUGACCUGGAUGAUGAAGUAGGAAAAUCUAAAUCAUCCGGUCUCUUUAGCAUCUUCAGCAAAAAAGAUGCUAGCCCUAAACCAACAAAGAAAAAAGUGAAGAAGCAGAAAUCCGGGAAAAGUCUAGAUGAACCCUCAGCUGAUGGGGACUCUAAAAAGACGAGUAAAUCGGUUGGCAUAUUCAGCAAAAUUGGUGAAAAAAUAACUGGCAAAUCUGAGACAACGAAAGCAGGAGAUGUAUCUGCAAGUUCUUCCAGAGAAUCUAGCCCGGAAAAGAAAUUACUCCGCAAAGAUACAGGAGAAGUUAUCAAAUCGUUGGACGAUAUCCAAACGACUGUGCACACGGCUUGUGAUGAAACAUCAAGCUUUGCGGGAGAUUUGAUCAAAACAUUUGAAGGCAAACUAGACGAAACUCACAGUGCGGCUGAAAAACAAAGCGAGGACUUCAAGAAAGCGAUUGAUGAAAAGUUCAGCGAUACAGUGAAGCUUGGAGAAGAGAUAAAGAGGGAAACUGAGAAGAAAGUGGAAAGUGCAAAAGAUAAGUUGGAAGAAGAUGUAGACAAAGUAGGGAAAGAUAUUGGCAAAACUGCAGAAAACAUCGGAAGAAAGGCUAGAGAAGGGUUAGAUGACUUGCGGGAAGACGCGUCGGAAGCAAAAGCAGCGGUUGCUUCUUCAGUACAGAAUGUAGAAGAUGCUGCAACAGCUGCUGGCAAGAAAUUGCAAGAAAAAGUGGAAACCGAUGCAAGGAAAGCUGGAGAAAAGGUAAAGCAAGAUACCGAAAAGGCAUCAAAGGAAACAAUCAAACAAGCUAGCGAUAUUUCUAGUUCCAUCUCAGAGACGAAGCAGUAUGUUGAAGUUAAGGGUAAAGAUAUAGGGAAGGCAGCUAAAAGUGCAUCUGAAGCUGUUGAAGCGGAGCUUGAGAAAUCGGCAGCUAAAGUAGAUAAGACAGUAGAUCAUAUUAAAAGUUCCACCCAAGAAGUGGUUGCGGACGUUAAAGAUGCAACUAAGGAAGCGCAGUCGGAAGCGCAGAAGGACAUCGAGGAAGCCAAGAAGAAAGGCAAAGGUUUUUUGGGCAAACUGACUAAGAAAUUAGAAUCUGCAAUUCAUUCAACGUCAAAAUCUGUGGAAGAUGUAAGCCAAAAGACAGACCAAAAGGCACGUGAAUUGAAAGAUGAGACUAAAGCUGUACUAGAUAGCGCCAAAGAUUCAACUGUCAAAAGUAUUGCUGAAUCAGAAGCAGGUACUGCUGAAGAUAUGAAGGAACUUGCAUCAAAAACAGUCAGAGAUGUUGAAGAUAAAUCGAAGCAAACUGAGGAAGAACUUUUGAAAGCUGUUGAUUCAUCGAACGUUAAAGCAAAGCAGGUAGUUGAUAAAAUUGAAGACACUAAACGCUUCAUCGAAACAGAAUCCGAAGAAGCUGGCAAGGAUGUCCAGCAAAGACAAAAAGAAGUGAUUUCUGAAGCUCAAAAAGGUGUUGAAGAGACUAAAAAGAAAGGAAAAGGUUUCUUGGGUAAACUAAGUAAAAAAAUCGAAUCAGCCGUUCAGUCAACCUCUAAAGACGCAGAAGAUACUAUAGCAAGCGGGGAAGCGAAAGUCAAGGCUGCUGUGGAAGACGGUGAUAGACAACUUCAAAAAGGGGCACAAAGUACUGGAGAAUUUAUUGAGCGUACAGAAAAAUCAGCAAAGGAUGGAGCUGAAGAAAUUGGCAAGAAGAUAGGUGAUGCAGCAGAUAACGUUGCAAAAUCAGCAUCAGAAGCUAAAAAAGAUAUUGAAGAUAAAGGCAAGUACAUUGGUGAAACAGUAGGCGACAAAGUUGACAAAGCACAUGAAAAAGUUGAUGAGAUCAAACAAGAAUCAAAAAGGGCUAUCAAAGAAGCAGAACUCAAGCAAAAAGAACUUGAAUCUGAUGUACAAAGAGAAGUGGAGGAAACCAAAAAGAAAGGCAAAGGUUUUCUGGGUAAACUAGGUAAAAAAUUCGAAUCAGCUGUUCACUCAACCUCCAAAGCUACAGAAGAUGCUGUAUCAAGUGGGGAGGCAAAAGUAAAAGCUGCAGCAGAAGAUACUGAUAAGCAAGUGCAAAAAGGAGCACACGCGAGUGAACAGUUCAUUGAACGUACAGAAGAAUCCGUAAAAGGUGGGUUUAAAGAAAUUGGAAGAACAUUAGAUGAUACCGGAAAAAGCGUAACAAAGUUAACAUCAGAAGCUGAUGAUAAAGGCACGCAAAUCGCUGAGAACGUCGAAGAUACAAUUACUGCUGCAGUUGACAAAGUACAUCAGAAAGCAGAUGAAAUUAUAGAUAAAUCAGACAAAGUUGUGAAAGAAGCAGAUCACAAGCAGAAGGAAGUUCAGUCAGAUGUACAGAAAGAAGUGGAGGAAACCAAGAAGAAAGGUAAAGGUUUUCUUGGUAAACUAGGCAAGAAAAUCGAAUCUGCAGUAUCAUCCACCACAAAGUCUGUAGAAGAACCUGUUACAAAGACGGGGGCAAAGGUACAAGAGGCUGUUACAGAGAUCGAUAGAGUUGACGAAAAAGUCGAAAAAAUCGAAGAAGACUCGGUGGAAGCGGCGAGAAAAGCAAGUGAAAAACAAAAACAACUUGAGUCAGACUUGAAAAAAGAUGUUGAUGAAGCCAAGAAGAAAGGUAAAGGUUUCUUGGGUAAAUUGGGCGGAAAAAUCGAAUCAGCCGUUUCAGGAACUGCGAAAUCCGUAGAAGCAACAGCGUCAAAAGCUGAUUCAGAGAUUCAGAAAGGCGUAACGGCCUCUAGGGAUGAACUUGAAAGGCAACGUAAAGAAGCUCAAAAAUUUGAAGAAAGAUCACACAAGCAGAUUAGACGUAUGGACGAGAGCGCUGCGCAGUCUCUUGAAGAAGCAGAGGAAGGCAUAGUAGACAUUGCUAAAGGUAUCACUGAUUUUGCGGUCGAAACCAAAAAAGAGAUUGAAGAUAGAGGUAGAGAGUCCGGCAAAGCUGUAAAGAGCAAAGCAGGUGCCGCUGAAGCAGACAUAAAGAAGUCUAUGCAAAAGGUAGAUGAAGCUGUAGAGCAAAUAAAGAAAGAUGCAGGAUCUACCAGCAAGGAAAUCGCAAGUGAACAUGAAUCGGUAGUUCGCAAAGAGGUGGACGACGCGAAGAAGAAAAGCAAGGGUUUUCUGGGUAAAAUCGGAAAGAAACUAAGCGGAAAGAAAGAUAGCUCCGUAGACGAAGACGUAAAAAUAGUAAGAGGAGAGUCUUCGAAAACUGGAAUAUCCGGCACGACAGAUCAAAUUCCAAAUAUCAAAACAGACGACGCCGAAAAAAAAGUGAUGGGCCAUCCAGUGUUCAGAGAAGCGACAAUGUCCGACGUCAAGCAACGCACAAUCGAUUUCAUUGAAUCAGAAUCACUCAAAGUCGAUGACCCUAAAAUGACCAGAACUUUAUCUGACUACGGAUGUCAGAUGAAGGAACAACAAAGAGUACCGGGCGCCAGGAAAAUUUCAGAAGUCAACAUGGACUUGUCUAACUUACCAACAGACACAGAAGAUGUAUCUCCGUUGAGCGACAAAGCACACUCUUAUGUCAGCUCGCCCACGUCGUCCAGAAGAACGCAUUCGGCUCACUUUUCGAAAACUAAAGGACCUCAAAUAGUCGAAUUGAGAAGUACCACAACGCAAGAGAGCGCCGAAGAUGAAUUUUAUAUCAUAACGGAGCCCAAAGAGGUUCUUACGAAGCUUACUAGCGAGGUCACGUCAAAGAAACCGUUGUUCCAUAUAGAAUCUGAAGAAGAUGACAGCUUCAGCAAAUCCGAAGACGAUAAUAAAGGUAGUACGCGAUCGAACGUGCUCGAAACCUUGACCGAGCAGAGGAUAGAAACCAUGUUGUCAGAUAUGACGAGAGAUAUGAAUGAGCCGAUCGAAAAAAUGCAAACCGUGAUCAAGAAGGAAGAAAAGAAGUUAGUAGAGCAUAAAAAAGAAGCAGAAGCAGACGUAAACGCGAUAGAACAAAAGUUGCGUGAUUUAGAUACAGCACUGGAUUCGUUAGAGCAAAUACAAACGAAAACCGAAACUAUAACGAUAACAGACACAAAAACAGAAAAGAAACUGAAACGAGUCGAACGAAAAUUCGAACACAUGGCAUCGGAGGUACUUGAUAAAGAAAAAGCCGAUGCAAAAACUAAACAAAUAACCAGUCCAGAAGUGGAAGCAAAGCAAGAGACCGAGUUCAGAGAGUUGGUGUCUCAGCUGAGCACGGAGGAGAUCUCAGACUUCCAGAAAGAAUACAGCCAUCUGUGGGACGAACACACCUUCUCAAAGAGCAGUGACCGGGAAUCGAAAACGCCAGACAGUCAGGCGGACGUUCAAGAACUUCCAAAAGGUAGAUAA